ACUUCCUUUUUCUCUCUCCAUCACUCUUCAUCUCACUGUGUAGUAUGUGCUGAACAGACAGAAAGACAGGAGAGACAGUGAGACCACAAUUGGCUCUGUUGAAUGUCUAGUCUUCUUGGUGAUAAUGGCAGUUACUGCAGACUAUAAUUACCCGAUGAGUUCAGAUUAUGACUAUAAUGAAACACAUGAAUCAGUCUGCGAUCUGGCAACGACAUGGGAAUUCUCUCGUCUGUUUGCCCCUAUAGCCUACAUUGUGGUCUUCAUCCUGGCUGUACUGGGUAAUGUGCUAGUGCUGCUUGUAAUCCGCCGCUAUCGUCAGUCCCACCACAGCCCCUGCGCCUUCUCACUGACUGACACGUUCCUGCUCCACCUGGCCAUCUCAGACCUUCUGCUAGCCUUGACGCUGCCCUUCUUUGCAGCCCAGUGGAUCAGUGGAUGGGUGUUCACCAAAGGCAUAUGUAAGGUGGCAGGUGCACUCUUUUCACUGAAUGUCUACUGCGGUGUGCUCUUCCUUGCCUGCAUCAGCUUUGAUCGCUACUUGGCCAUAGUCCACGCCGUCCACACCAGCUGGAGGCGCAAUACAUGUCUGGCUCAGUUAGCCUGUGCACUGAUCUGGAUCUGCUGCACCGGUCUUGCUGUCGUUGACAUCCAUUACCGAAAUGUGGUGGUGCUACCUGGCUUUGGUAAGCUAGUUUGCAUUUUAGACUUCAACUUGGCAAGUUCUGAACAAUGGCAGCUUAGUCUGCAGCUUGUCAGCCUGCUGCUAGGCUUUGGCCUCCCAUUACUGGUAAUGCUCUACUGCUACUUACGCAUUUUCUAUGCAUUGUGCCACACAAGCACACGCAGGCAGAAGCGACGCUCCCUCAGGCUCAUCAUCUCUCUAGUGGUCGUGUUUGUGCUUUGCUGGGCACCAUACAACAUCUUGAAGAUGGUUGACAGCCUGAGGUUAAUGGAAAUAGUGCACCCCAGCUGCAAGCUGAACUACAUGUUGGAUAUCAGCAUCUUGGUGACAGAGAGCGUGGGACUGUCUCAUAGUGCCCUCAACCCACUGCUAUAUGGCUUUGUGGGUGUCAAGUUCCGCCGUGAGCUUCUCCAGAUGUUCAAGGCAGCUCUGAGGUUUGCUACAUGCUUCAGGAUAACCAAAUGGGUGCAGGGUCAAGGAAUGAGUCGCAGGACAACAGGUUCCUUCAGCUCUGUGGACAGCGAGAAUACCUCCUACUUCUCAGUUGUGGCAUAAGUAAAGUGAUUACUGGGGAUUUUCUGUUUGUUUGUUUGUUUGUUUGUUUUCAUUUUAUUUGAGAGAAUUUUUUUUACAUGUUGUUUGUAACACAAAAAAUAUUUUUGUAAUCCAAAUAUUAUAUUGUUAUAUAAACAAGUUUUGAUUUGCCACAUUUUUUUUAUUAACUUUUCUUCCUUCUUUAUCAUUUUAAUAAAGGAGAUAUAGUUCAUGUUUUAUUGAUAGUUCAAUUUGCAUAAAUGCAACUGCUAAAAGAAAAUGACUGUCUUAAGAAGAAAGGGAAACUAUUUUUAGACUCUCGUUUUGAUUUACUCUCUUCCACACCAUAUUAACAUUUUGUUUUGGAUGAUAGAAUCCCAAAUAACUUUAACUUUAUUAAUGCACCAGUUGAAAUGAGUUUGAAAUAUGGGUGCUAAUGGUAUUUUCCUCUCAACUUUUUUGAAAUUUGUAAAAACAGUCUAGUGUUCAUUUCUUGUCAUGAUAUACAGUAGUAUACAUCAUAAACUAUACUCUACUAA